AUGACGUCGCGACAAGUUGGCGCCGCGAAUGUCCGCAAUCCAUUGACAGCCAGGAUCAGCCCGCUCUCGCGAUCCUUGCAAACCACCACCCGCCGCCUUCCGCUGCAACAGCAACAACGAAAUGCGUUUUUUACCCCGGUCUCGAAAGUCGCCGUUCCUGUCCGGUUCAAAUCUGACGAUGCGUCUGCCACUCCCACUGCCACCGCUGCAGCACAAGCUGCUGCUGCAACAGUCCCUCCCAAGGCCCGAUCCCGCGCCGCCCAAAUAUUAUCCAAGGUCUUCACGUUCUGCGGUUUCUUCGUCAUCACCUCCGGAGUGAUUGUCGCUGGUUUCUUCGUCUACGAUGCGAGCACUUAUCGCGAAUCGUCCAGUGCGGAGGAUAUCCCUAUAUCGGAAUUGGCCCUGAACCCACGUCGCGGCGGCCCCAAGAACCUGCCGAUAGCGGAUUUCCUGGUCGGCGACUACGACUCGGAAUCAAUGCUGGAACAGAAGGAUAAACCGCGUCUGGUGAUUCUCGGAACGGGCUGGGGCAGUGUUGCUUUGCUGAAGAACUUGAAUCCUGGAGAUUAUCACGUUACUGUUGUUUCGCCGACGAAUUACUUCCUCUUUACGCCUAUGCUGCCGUCCGCUACGGUGGGCACAUUGGGUCUUCGCUCGCUGGUUGAACCUGUUCGUCGGAUCAUUGAGCGUGUUAAUGGUCAUUUCCUCAAGGCUUCUGCGACGGAUGUGCACUUCUCUGAGAAAUUGGUUGAGGUUUCGCAGGUUGACAGGGACGGCCACCAGAAGAGCUUCUAUCUACCGUACGACAAGCUUGUUGUUGGCGUUGGCUGUGUCACGAAUCCACAUGGUGUCAAGGGUCUUGAGAACUGUAAUUUCCUCAAGACUAUUGACGACGCGCGCCAGAUUAAGAAUAAGGUUUUGGAAAAUAUGGAAUUGGCUUGUCUGCCCACUACUACUGAUGCGGAGCGUCGUCGACUGCUUUCUUUUGUGGUCUGCGGUGGUGGACCUACCGGUGUUGAAUUCGCGGCUGAGCUGUUCGAUCUGCUGAAUGAGGACCUCUUGCACUCUUUCCCGCGCAUUGUGAGGAAUGAGAUUUCUGUUCACAUUAUUCAGAGCCGGUCUCAUAUUCUGAAUACUUACGAUGAGGCUUUGUCUAAAUACGCUGAGGGUCGCUUUACUCGCGAUGGAGUUGAAGUCCUGACCAAUGCCCGUGUUAAGGAAGUGCAAAAGGAUAAGGUCCUCUUCAGCCAGGUUGAGGAUGGUAAAACCGUUGUCAAGGAAAUUCCUACUGGAUUCUGUCUUUGGUCAACUGGUGUUGGUAAGUGCUAUGACUCUUAUCUAUUCCACGAACCAAGUACUAUACUAAUGCAACCCCAAGCCCGCGCCGAAAUCUGCGAAACCCUCUCAAACAAACUGGAAGGCCAAAACAAUAAACACGCCAUCGAAACAGAUUCCCACCUCCGCAUUAUCGGCGCACCGCUCGGUGACGUCUACGCCAUCGGUGACUGCUCCACGGUCCAAAACAACCUUGCCCAAAACAUCAUCCGCUUCCUCCGCACAAUCGCCUGGGAGAAAGGCCAAGACCCCGAAAAGGUGCACCUCACCUUCUCUGAGUGGACCGACGUCGCCAACAGAGUGAAACGCCGCUUCCCACAAGCAACCAACCAUCUCCGCCGUCUGGAUCGCCUCUUCAUGCAAUACGACAAAGACCACUCCGGCACACUCGACUACGGCGAACUCUCCGAACUUCUGCACCAGAUUGACACAAAGCUCACCUCCCUCCCAGCCACCGCCCAGCGCGCGAACCAGCAAGGCGUGUAUCUAGGUCAGAAGCUGAGCAAGAUCGCAGCGGCCUUGCCGGGCCUUAAGGCUAACGAGAUUGACUACGGUGAUCUGGAUGAGGCGGUCUACCGCGCAUUCAAGUACAGACAUCUCGGUAGCUUGGCAUAUAUCAGUAACGCAGCGAUCUUUGAUUUCGGCGGCAUGAGCUUUAGCGGUGGUGUUAUUGCUAUGUAUCUCUGGCGCAGUAUCUACUUUGCCGAGAGUGUUAGCUUCCGGACUCGCUGUAUGCUGGCUAUGGAUUGGGCUAAGCGAGCUUUCUUUGGAAGAGGUGUGUUCAUGCCCCCCCCCCCCUCGGGUUUUCCCUGUUCUUGA